CGCCCCUCGGGCGGGAAGGGGGAAGCGCCGAGGCUGCCUGACUGGAAUGAGGGUAGCUGCGGCGACUGCGACGGCGGGAGCGGGGUCGGCCAUGGCGGUGUGGACGCGGGCCACCAAAGUGGGGCUGGUGGAGCUACUCCUGAGGGAGCGCUGGGUCCGGGUGGUGGCCGAGCUGAGCGGGGAGAGCCUGAGCCUGACGGGCGACGCCGCGGCGGCUGAGCCUGAGCCCGCUCUGGGGCCGGCUGCGGCCGCCUUCAACGGCCUCCCGAACGGCGGCGGCGCCGGCGACUCGCUGCCCGGGAGCCCGAACCGGGGCCUGGGUCCCCCGAGCCCGCCCGCGCCGCCGCGGGGCCCAGCCAGCGAGGCGGGCGCGUCGCCGCCCGUGCGCCGGGUGCGGGUGGUGAAGCAGGAGGCGGGCGGCCUGGGCAUCAGCAUCAAGGGCGGCCGCGAGAACCGGAUGCCGAUCCUCAUCUCCAAGAUCUUCCCGGGACUGGCGGCCGACCAGAGCCGGGCGCUGCGGCUGGGCGACGCCAUCCUGUCGGUGAACGGCACCGACCUGCGCCAGGCCACCCACGACCAGGCCGUGCAGGCGCUGAAGCGCGCGGGCAAGGAGGUGCUGCUGGAGGUCAAGUUCAUCCGAGAAGUAACGCCAUAUAUCAAGAAGCCAUCCUUAGUAUCAGAUCUGCCGUGGGAAGGUGCAGCUCCCCAGUCACCAAGCUUUAGUGGCAGUGAAGACUCUGGUUCUCCAAAACACCAGAACAGCACCAAGGACAGAAAGGUCAUCCCUCUCAAAAUGUGCUUUGCUGCUAGAAACCUAAGCAUGCCGGAUCUGGAAAACAGAUUGAUAGAGCUACAUUCUCCCGAUAGCAGGAACACGUUGAUUCUACGCUGCAAGGAUACAGCCACGGCGCACUCCUGGUUCGUAGCUAUCCACACCAACAUAAUGGCUCUCCUCCCACAGGUGUUGGCUGAACUCAAUGCCAUGCUUGGUGCAACCAGUACAGCAGGAGGCAGCAAGGAGGUCAAGCACAUUGCCUGGCUGGCGGAACAGGCAAAACUAGAUGGUGGAAGACAGCAGUGGAGACCUGUCCUCAUGGCUGUGACAGAGAAGGAUUUGCUGCUCUAUGACUGUAUGCCAUGGACAAGGGAUGCCUGGGCAUCACCGUGUCAUAGCUACCCUCUUGUUGCCACAAGGUUGGUUCAUUCUGGCUCCGGAUGCCGGUCACCCUCACUCGGAUCUGACCUUACAUUUGCUACCAGAACUGGCUCUCGGCAGGGCAUCGAGAUGCAUCUCUUCAGGGUGGAGACACAUCGGGAUCUGUCAGCUUGGACCAGGACACUUGUUCAGGGUUGCCAUGCUGCUGCCGAGCUGGUCAAGGAAGUCUCUCUAGGCUGCACAUUAAAUGGCCAAGAGGUAAGACUCACUGUCCACUAUGAAAAUGGGUUCACUAUCACCAGGGAAAAUGGAGGCUCCAGCAGCAUGCUGUACCGCUACCCCUUUGAAAGGCUGAAAAUGUCUGCUGAUGAUGGCAUCAGAAAUCUAUAUCUGGAUUUUGGUGGUCCUGAGGGAGAAUUGACCAUGGACCUGCACUCUUGCCCAAAGCCGAUUGUAUUUGUGUUGCACGCAUUCUUGUCAGCCAAAGUCACUCGAAUGGGGCUGCUUGUCUGAGCAGCAAAAAAUCAGAAAAGAGCCUUGAAUGUCACAAGAAGCAUUUCCACCUCACAAAAAAAAAUUAAUAAGCACAAAAAGAAAGCUCUUUGCUCUCUCCUCCAGCACAGUGCCUUGACAAGGACCUGCAAAUCACUGCUGAACGGUAACCGUGUUUAAAGAAGAGCCUCCUUUUCACAAGCUACUUUGGCCAGAAAUUCUAGGACUCUAAUAAGCUCCGAAAUGAAGCUGUUGAUUUAUUGGCUUGUUUCCUCAUGCGGUUUCUAAGUAAUUAGGUUUAUUUCCCCUGUUAAGAAGAUGUCUCAUCGUUUUUUCUUUUUGGACAUUAUCAAAUAUCCAGUUGUUUUCUUUUUCUUCUUUCUAUAGGGUUUGUUGGAGGCUUAACCUUGAUCUCUUGCUUAGGACAAUUGUCUCUUGCCAGUUUGUAGCAGCCUGUGCUUCCUGUUCGUUCCAGAUGGCUCAUACGUUUUGUCGGAGUUUGCUGUCCUCACUUGCUCUUUCCCCCCUGGGGAGUCCUCGGACUGUAUUACCAAAGCAGUCUCCCAUCUGUCCUGGCUCCGCCCCGCAUCCCACCCUGGCUGUCACGCCCACUGCAUCACAGGCUUUGCCACUCAGAAGUGCUGACUUUAGGACUUAGAACCUGCACAGUUUGAUUUGCCUUGUCUUCUCCCUUUCUCGUGGUGACCAAAUUGAAAAGCAAGUUGGAAACCACUGCAUUGAAAGACAAGUUUUGCUUGUUUCAGGUUUUUCUGAUUUUUAUCUAUGGUAGGAGCCAGGGGAUGUUAAAAGAUUUAUUUUAAAAGAAAAUCCUCAUUUUAGCCUCAGCCAUUUUUAUUGCUUACCAAAUGUGCCUUUGAUCAGGGUUAAUGGAGCUUUAUUAGUCACUAUUUGAAUAACUGGAUAUCACUGCCAUUACAGGGAGAUCAUCUAUCCUAGUUUUGAGGAAUAGUCUUUGAUUCCUCAGUAGUAUCAUUUUUAGUGGGCAGAUAUCUUUGAGGAAGAUAAAUCGUAGAGAGUGAGCUUGUUUAAAGAGUAGACUUUGUCGGGGAAGCCGUCUCUUCAGCACAAAUAUGUCCAGUUGCUUUGGGCCCUGUGAGCCCAUGCAGGACCCUAGCCCUGGCCUCUGCCUUUGUGGCAGCAGAGUGGCUUGGACUAGCAGCUGUGAGUUCAAGACUCAGUGCCAGCUUAGCCCUGUGCCCUGCAGGGGACAUGGUGACAAGCCCCAGGAACAGCUGCCUGCGUUUUGCUAAGCAUUGCCAGAUGUCAUCAUUAGGACAUAAUAGUGGUGAGACUGCUGAUUUUGUGGAUUUAAAGAAUCGCACUCAGCUUGUUUUUCCUAAUUAUGAAGGGCGUGUAUAUCUGAAACAUUAAAAUAGUACAAUAGCUGUAUAAAAUGUCAAGAUGAGCACAGUCCCGGUUUUAAGAAAACAUAAUACUGACUUGGAUGUUCUCUGUGCUUUCUGAAGAAAGGUCUGGAAGUAGUUCUCACUUACAAUCUAGAUUUAUCAGGAGUGCCAUAAAGGAUGUGAGCACUACAGAGGGUAGAGGAGGGUAGCACUCCAAACGGGUGAAAAAAAAAAGUUAAGAAUAAAACACAGCUGUAUAUGCAAAACAUGAGCUGUUUGAUUUGAAUGUAGAUUGACCUAUAGGAUAUGUGAAAGAGCAGACUCAAGCAGGGAGCUCGUGUUAGACAUGGUAACCCCACCACCUUCCCUCUGCCUGUCAGGCAGUCCUUCCCGAUGUACAGUGAGAUUGAACAUAUGCAGAGAUACAGAGAGGUGCCUGUUUUUCCCCCAGCUCCAUUUCCAAAAAUGAAUUAUCUGAUCCACUUGAAACUAGAAAUUGAAAUCUAGACUAAAAAUGUUUUCAAGAGCUUUUUUUUCUUUUUUUAACUUUUAAAAAAUUCAUAAACCUAGUUUAGGUUCCACCUGGGAAAAGUUUGCAAAUCAGGGAAGAAAAAAAAUAUCUCGAAGGUCCAGCUGUGAUUUCUGGAAGAAUUUCAACAGAUAAUACCCUCAGAUAAGGAGCUUAGAUACUCUGCAGUGAGAGUAUUAUUAAUCUGAGAAGUUGAAUGAUGUAGUCAUAGACCUUUGCAGCAAAGCUAUUUGGUUGUUUUUUUGUGUUUUUGUGAAAGGCUAAGCCACUGAGAAUAUUUUCGAGGGAACUUCUGAGCCACCCUGCUCAUCAGUUAUAUGGAAUAGAUCUGUAAGAAAGGUGUGAUUAAAAUGUGGGCAGGAGAGGUGAGGGGUGUGUGCGUUUUGGCUCAUUUUGCUCAAGUUUAAACUGUCAUGUCAAAAACUUUAAGCACCAAGGUUUAGAGGGUUUUUAAUAUCUUUUGAGUCUUGAUGUGACAUGAAAGCAUAUAGGAGGUUUCCUUACACUAGCACCCCAAAGAGCAGGAGCCCUUAAACAGCUUGUUUAAUAUACUUCAGCAGCUUUCCAGUCAUGGGCCACCAGGCUGCUCUUCAACCAAGAGUGUUUGUGGGAUUUUCAAGCCACAAAUGAAAUGCUUUUUAUGAAUGGGACAGCCUUGACAAACCCAUAUUUUGUAUUAAGAUGCCAAAAUACAGCAAAUUAUCUUCAAAUAAUAACUAAAAAUGGGCAUGUUUGAUAUUUUACAUCAUCUAUAGAACAGCUAAUUUUUCAUUUUGAAUUAGGACAGUCGUUGAGCAUGUUGUGGACUUCCAUAUGUAGAAUGGAGAGGAGUGUCCCUCUUGUUCCGGUGGACCACUCCCUAUGCCCUCCAAGACCUGGGGCUCAGACAUCUUCUCCAUAUUCCACACAGACGCCUAUAAGCAGCCAGUUGGUGUGUGAAAAUUCUCCCUCUUCUUUUCCUAAAACUUUUCCCCUUCUCCCCUCUCACCAAAAAAAAAGGAACAAAAGAAAAGGCUCAGUUGUUCUUUUCUGAAAAAACUUAGUGCUCCCUAAAGUCAUCAAACAAACCUUUCUUGGAAAUCACUAUCUAAUAUUUUAUAUGAAGAAAUACUUUAUGCUUAUCCAGUAUUUGCUAGGUAGUUUUAACUGUAAAUUCACCUACCUAGCUGUCCAAGUUUUAGGUUAAAUAUUGGGACAUGUGCAGGAAAUAAGAAGUACUACUUUUAAAUGUCAUACAUCCAUUUUAAAGCCAUGUUUUUGCACUUUUUAGGCUAGGUAGUCUGAUAGUGCCUGUUUUUAUCAUCUGUACUCUUAAAAGUUUUGUUAUUGAAAACGAUUGUAUGGCAUGAGUAAUUGAAUUAUUUAUUCCUUAUAUUUUUAUAAGUGGAAAAAUCUCUCUAACCAACAAAUGAUUAAAGUUGUUACUGAUUAUUUGUUUUCUUAAUUUAUGCUCCUAAGCAGAAUGGUAACAAAGCUUUUUUCAGCUGAUUAAAUGCACUUAGUUAACAAACCAAAAUUUAUUCUUAACAAAAAACUGUGUGGAAUCUGGACAAGAUUAUGUUUCUCCCAGAAAAACAGGUUUCACUGUAAAGGUUUGGAUGGACAAACAUGUGACCACUUUUGAGAAAGGUUGUAAUGGUUUUUUUUGAGAACCGCCAGGUCUUCUUGUAUAAUUUAUAUGCUGUAGAUAUGUUUGUAUGUUUUAAAAAACAUGGAGGACUCUCCAUAUUUUUUUAAUGCAAAUGAUCUUAUAAGCUGCUAUGCAAAUUCUAUUAAAAGCUCUAUCUACUAUUAAAGAGUAAAACAUUCUUGAAGCUUUCAGGGAAGACCUGUAGACUUAAGCACUUUCUCUGCUUUUUUGUAUCUGGUCUUAGACACUUAUGCUGAGUUAUGUUCUUAUUAUUUUCACUGUUUGUAAGCUAUUGAUUGUAUAUAAUCUUUAAACCAUCCAAAUAUCCAGCAUACAUUUCCAUGUCACCACAACCCACUAUUGACGCCAUGAAUGAAAUGGCUGGUUAGAAAGCCAAAGGUCAUCGUUUCUCAAUCCCUAAAUGAAGAGGUAAAAUGCCUGAUCUCUUUCAUCUCGAAGCAUAUUUCUGGUCAGAUCUCAAUAUCUGUGUGAGGGAAAGAAACAUUUAAAUUUGGGAUUCUGCUUAAACUUUUAAGUUGAAUUUGACUAUAGCCAUAUUCAUUCUUUGUAUGUAUCUCUAACAGGUCUUUUAUAUGCCUGGUGAUAUUAUACUCUGCCUUGAGUUUGGACAGUUCUUUCAGCUAAAUGUGAAUUCUUAUUGUGGCUUUUUUUCCCCUCCUGAAGAUGAAAGCAGAGGAAUCUACCAUCUGCUACCAUUCUCUCAAGAAUGCUUGGUAACCUAGAAUUAUUUUGACUUUCUAUAUAUUGUCUUUAAAAACUGACAGCAGCAGUCUCCCCUGCUGCCCAACCUUUUUAAGGUAUCUCGUUUACUGUGCUGGGUAUAUAGACAAUAAAUGUGUAAUGAUAGACAGUUCUAAAAGAAUUAUGUCAUAUAUCAGGAGUAUAUGUUUUUGAGCAAUAUAGUUAUUCCUAUGGUGUAAUGAUACUAAGUGAACUUUACAGUUGUAAUAGGCUGCUUAAGUGGCUGAUGUGACACCCUUUCUUUAAAAACAAAACCAAAAACAUCCGGCAGAUCAGUCUACAAGAAUGUUGACUGCAUUCUGUUAAAAGACAGAAUUUCACAUCAGGUACAUAGAGCACACCUGUUCUCUUGUCUCUUUUUGACACUAGCUAAACUGCCAACUGGAAUAAUGAUUGUUAUGUAUUAACUUGAAAAAAUAUUUUAACAAGAUUUCUUCUUUUGUUUCAAAACUGAUAAACUUGAGCUUUAUCUCUUGCCACCUCUUAUUUUUCCUUCCCACUUCAAGAGACUGAACCAAAGCAUAAUCUAGUUUUAAAAGUUAAUCUACACUUGGUAUAAAGCAUAAAUAUGCCAUUUGCAAAAAUUGCUUGCUUCCAAAUGAAUGUUUGAUUAUAAUGAAUGAAAAUCUACCCUAUGAACUGUAAUCUUUGAAUUGCCCCAAAAAAGACUGGCUGAAGCUAUAAAAGAGAAAUGAUACUUUGUGAUAGCAUAUGAUUGGCUCUCUUGGUAGAUUUCUAAUUUAGUCCUGUAAGCACCUUACUCAGUUCUGUAAUAAUGUUACCUCCAUACCAUUACACAAAUGCUUUUUUGUAGUUUUUGAGUCCUUCUUUGUCCCAGUCACGUAUACAACCUUGUAAUCUGUUGAGUCACCUCUUCAAAGUGAUAAAAGUCUCUUAUGAAUAGACAAAAAUAGACGAAAGGUUCUUUGGUGGCCUGGAGAAAUUUUGAAACUGAAAGGUUUCAACUUGAUUAAUAACAUACUGAUUCAAGUAUUCUUUCAUCUAAUAGGCAUUUAUUAAUGUACAGUUCAGUUGUAUUAAUGUACCCAGGCACUUUGAAGAGUUCAAAAGAAAGUUCCUGCACUCAAGUAGCACAUUGCCCAUUAUAUCUCAAUCACACCAUGCCACCUAUUCAUUAGUCAAUUGUUAAAUAAUUAACCACUUUAUAUUUUUCCCAAAGUACAUCUGCAGUUCUUCUCAUCUGGCAAACAGGCAAGUGUUUAAAACGAUGUCUGGUGUUUGUUCCAUGCCAGCAUGAAAGGACUCCAAGCACAUCUAAGUAGGUCUGUCUUUUCAUCAUGGGCAGUUUUUUUUUCCUAACACAGAAUUAGACUUUAGUUUUGAGAAGAAUAUUCAUAGUAAGAUAAAUCACAACAAAAAUUAAGCUCUAUUGCCCCAAAUGGAUCAAAUGGGAAAGUCUUUUUCAAGAAAAGCUUUUUUUAACUAUAAACAGCAAAGCUAAAUGGAUAUUUCAUCUACCCCUAUUUCUAAAUUGUGCUGACCCAUUUAUUUGCACACUUAUAUCCUUAAACAUCUCAUUUGCUGAAAAUCCUUACAUCUGAUGGAGUGUUUCUUAAUGAUAGAUCAAAAUGAAGAUGUUUUAAACUUAGCAAAAUUCCACUUGUUCUUAACACUCUGGUACUCAAACUCAAUGAAAAGUGUCCUAAAGAAAGUAAAUGAGGUUUGAUUGAAUUCUCCCUAAUUUUGAUACCAUAACUGCCCCUCUCUUUCCAGUUUGCCUUUCACUUAUCGCUACGGUUAAUUUUUCAGGCAACAGCCUUCAUCAUGCCCACAAAGGACCCAAAACCAUCUGUGACUGGAAUGGCACAGAGAACAGAUUCCCAUGGGCUUCUUCCCCUUUGUUCUCAAGUGUCCUGGAGUCAUGCACACCAAUUAGGUCACGCCUUCAGUGUCUUGGUCUUUAAAUGUACCCUUUGACAAUCAGGUGCUAAUGAUGAGACAUUACUGGAACCAGCGCAUAAGUAUUGGCGUGUUAGUGUCUGUGCUUCCUAAGCUGGAGGAAGUGAUUUCCUUCCCUCUCAGUCCUGUUCAAGUAGAUGUCCGUUACUUUUAUUCCACCUUUGUUUUGUAAGUUGGUAAAAUUUGGGGUAAAGGAAAUGAUUUCAACUAAGUUUUGAGUUUGGCACAAUCAUCAAUCUUGAUAAUAUUCUUCACACCUUGUAGCAAAUCUGCCCUUAUCGUAGGAGCCAGUUUUACAUUUUUCUCUCUCCUUUGUAGGACUGCAGUGUUACGUUUACAGUCUGUUGGAUGGCUUCAGUGUGAUAAGACCUUGGUGCCCAAAGACUUUGUUUCUCUUUUGGUACCAGACCCGAGGUCUUUAGAAGGUGGCAAACCACUUACUUAUGAAGGCCUAUUCUGGUUAAUCUGUGCAAACUGGGUGUGUCCAUUUGUACGUAGUUGGUCCCACACAACUUUCAUUUUUGUUAAGUAUUAAGACUUAGAAAGCUAGAAUAAUACUUCUACAAAGAAUUAAAAGUAUGUGAUAAUCUGGUUUUUACUUCUUGUUAGAACCCUGUAUUUAAACAAGACUUCUUUUUAAGUGUUAUUUUAAAGUCUCAAGUCUUCUGGCAUCACCAAACUACCAAAUCCAAACCCAUGGCAUAAAACAGGGCAGUAUUUGUGUUCUUAAUAAUAAUAAUAAUAAUAAUAAAAGCUUUAUGUGUACUCUAUAAAUAUAAAUACAUAGACAAUACUUCCCCUUGAGUUGCACAUCAACAUAUAGCAUUGUACAUUACAAUGAGAAAUUGUAACUUAAGGGUAUUAUAUAUAUAAAUACAUAUAUUCCUUUGUAACCUUUAUACUGUAAAUAAAAGAACUGCUUUUAGACUUGUA